UCCCAGGCUGCUCAGCGCAGGCAGCGUCCUGCGUGAUUGGCUGCGCCGCCCCACGUGACUCUAAGCCGGCGGCGGCGGUUGCCCGGGUGACGGCGGGAGAGGUGUCCGCGGAGCAGCUGACUUUUGCUGAGAGAAUCCCUAGUAACAGUUCACUAUGGGGGAUAUUUUGGCUCACGAAUCUGAGUUACUUGGACUAGUAAAAGAGUAUUUAGAUUUUGCUGAAUUUGAAGACACCUUGAAAACAUUUUCAAAAGAAUGCAAAGUAAAAGGAAAACCGUUAUGUAAAACAGCAGGUGGAUCUUUAAGGGACUCCAAAUCAUUGAUUAUUCAGAAGGAUCUCGUGGCUGCCUUUGAUGGUGGAGACCAGAAGGUGUUCUUCGAUUUGUGGGAGGAGCAUGUUCCCAGUUCCGUCCGAGAUGGUGACUCCCUUGCUCAGAGGCUGGAAUUCUAUCUUCACAUUCAUUUUGCCAUUUAUCUUCUGAAGUACUCUGUAGGGAGGCCGGACAAGCAGGAACUGGACGAACGGAUUUCUUAUUUCAAAAACUACCUGGAGACGAAAGGGGCAGCGUUGAGCCAGACCACCGAGUUCCUUCCUUUCUAUGCCCUCCCUUUUGUGCCCAACCCCAUGGUACACCCUUCAUUCAAAGAGCUCUUCCAGGACUCUUGGACUCCAGAGUUAAAGUUGAAGCUGGAAAAGUUUCUGGCUUUAAUUUUUAAAGCGAAUAACACGCCAAAGCUUUUGACAAUCUACAAGGAGAAUGGACAAAACAACAAAGAAAUGCUGCAGCAGCUCCACCAGCAGUUGGUCGAAGCCGAGCGUCGGUCAAUGACGUACCUGAAGCGGUACAAUAAGAUCCAGGCCGACUACCACAACCUCAUUGGAGUCACAGCCGAGCUGGUGGAUUCCCUGGAGGCCACAGUCAGUGGCAAGAUGAUCACCCCGGAGUACCUGCAGAGUGUCUGCAUCCGCCUCUUCAGUAACCAGAUGCGGCAGAGCCUGGCGCACAGUGUGGACUUCACGAGGCCUGGGACGGCCUCCACCAUGUUGCGAGCCUCCUUGGCACCCGUGAAACUGAAGGAUGUCCCGCUGCUGCCCUCCCUGGAUUAUGAGAAACUCAAGAAGGAUCUGAUCUGGGGGAGCGACCGCUUGAAAGCCUUCCUGUUGCAGGCUCUGCGCUGGCGCUUGACCACAUCCCAUCCUGGGGAGCAGAGGGAGACGGUUCUGCAGGCGUACAUCAGCAACGACCUCCUGGACUGUCAUAGCCACAACCAGAGGAGCGUGCUGCAGUUGCUGCACUCCAAGAGCGAGGUGGUGCGGCAGUACAUGGCCAGGCUCGUCAACGCUUUGGCGUCACUAGCAGAAGGCCGCCUCUACCUGGCCCAGAACACUAAGGUGCUGCGGAUGCUGGAGGGAAGGCUGAAGGAGGAGGACAAGGACGUCAUCACCCGGGAAAAUAUUCUUGGGGCCCUGCAGAAGUUCAGUCUCAGGCGCCCUCUGCAGACAGCGAUGAUUCGAGACGGCCUCAUCUUCUGGCUGAUUGACAUUCUGAAGGACCCGGAUUGCCUGUCUGACUACACACUGGAGUACGCCGUGGCUUUGCUCAUGAACCUCUGCCUCCGCAGCGCAGGGAAGAACAUGUGUGCCAAGGUGGCAGGCCUGGUGCUGAAAGUCCUUUCGGAUCUCCUUGGCCACGAAAAUCACGAGAUACAGCCAUAUGUGAAUGGAGCUCUGUACAGUAUCCUUUCUAUUCCAUCCAUUCGUGAGGAGGCAAGAGCAAUGGGGAUGGAAGACAUCCUGCGCUGCUUCAUCAAAGAAGGCAAUGCUGAGAUGAUCCGCCAGAUAGAGUUCAUCAUCAAGCAGCUCAAUUCCGAAGAGCUGCUUGAUGGCGUUCUUGAGUCUGAUGAUGAUGAAGAUGAUGAUGAUGAAGAGGACCACGACACCAUGGAAGCUGAUCUGGACAAAGACGAACUGAUCCAACCCCAGCUGGGAGAACUCUCAGGAGAGAAGCUUCUGACGACGGAGUACCUGGGAAUCAUGACCAACACCGGAAAGGCACGGCGGAGGGGGCUGGCCAGCGUGCAGUGGAGUGGGGAUGAGCCCCUGCGCCGGCCUGUCACCCCCAGUGGCCACAGGACCGGGUGCCCAGUGAUGGAAGAGCAUCUGGUUUCUCCGCAGAGUGGCCAACAGGCCAGAAAUGGCAGCCUGCAGGCCCUGUUCACCGCUCACCUGGCCAUCUGCAAGGAGGCCAAGCCUGAUGUCCCUGAGUGCCACACAACUUCUUCAUCAGCCACGGACGACAGUGCAGGAGGGCGGCUGCCCGCUGGACCUCAGGCGGAGCCUCCCCUGUUCCCCACAGCGGCCCACAGCUGGCUGAGGGACGUGUCCCAGGACCCUGGCAGCAGAGAGCGCGUCAGGGAGUUUGCAUCGACUUUCACCUGCAAGCCAAGGACCCCCGACACUCCAGAGACCCUCGAGCCGAACUCGCCCAAGGCAAAGGCAUCAGCCCUGACCCCCCAGUUCUCCUCGUGUGGCCCCCAGAAGGCCAGCCGCCCUGGCUCCAUGGCUUCCUCCUCAAGGGCCUGCACAGCAGCCAGUCCUACAGGAAGUGAGGAUGCUUCUCUCCCUGGGUGUCACUGUCCCGUUGCCUGAGGACCAGCUAGCUUCCCGUUCUCUGCCAGCCAGCAGCUGCAGGUGACAGAUGUGAAGAGACAGUUGUCAACGAGACACUGGACGACUGGGGAGCUGGGGAGGGACCCGCCCGCCAGCCCAGCCAGGAGUAAGGUCGUGACUGCCCACCAUCUGGGCCCUUCUCAUCUAGGAGAGACACAUGGGGAGGGCCGGGGAGCCUACUACUGCCCUCCCGGCAAGGGGACAUUUCCUGGUCACCUUCACAGGAGGAGAGCCGUGGCCUUUGCCCUCGGGAGACCUUCGGCCCAGGUCCAGCCAGCAUCCCCAGCUCCCCAGCACCAGCUGGGCAGAAUUCGAGACCAAACCUGGGAGCCCUGCCAUCUCCCUGGCUCCCGAGGAGAGGCUGAGCCCACGAAAGCUCGGCCAGCCAGAGGGACUCUGCAGACUGCUGACCAGGGCUGCCCUGUGGAAGCCCCUGUCCUCACUGGGACCAGCUGCGGAGGCCUCAUCAUAAGGCACCUCAUUCUCAAGCCAGUGUCAGCCCCAGCAGCAGCCUGGGGACUCUGUUUGGGUCUUCACCUGAGACAGAGAAUGUGGAAUGCUCCGGCAGCUUCAGAGCAGCCCUCUGCUCCUACCCGGGUUCUUAGUUUUUUGGUAUUUAUUUUAUUUUUUGUGGUACUAGGGAUUGAACUCAGGGGCGCGCCACCACUGAGCUAUAUCCCCAGCCCAGCCCUUUUUAUCUAUUUAUUUUCAUUUCAUUUCAUUUCUUUGAGGAAGGGUCUUGCUAAGUUGCCCGGGCCGGCCUCCGCCUUGCAGUCCGCCUGCCUUCUCCUCCUGAGUCACAGAUUACAGGCGUGUGACACUGCACCUGGCUGCACACAAUUUUUAAAAGCUUUAGAAAACCGGCCAGUUUAAUGCCCUGUGUUUCCCUCCCUGUAUUAAGAUCAUGAAUAAGGCCAGGCAUGUGGCACACACCUGUAAUCCCAGCAGCUUAGGAGGCUGAGGCAGGAGGAUCACAUGAGAAAUAAAUAAAUGAAAGGACUGGGGACACAGCUCAGUAGUAACACCCCCGGGUUCAAUUCCCAGCACCAAAAAAAAAAAAAAGAUUUAAAAAAGACCACAACAUACCACCUCCACCAGCAAAAUGACCAGUGACCACUGUUCUUGUUGAGGGUAAAUCAGGCCCAAGUCUUAGGACAGAGGAGGGACAUUAACCCAGCACAGCACAGCACCCUGGGUGUUACCCACACUGUAAAAUCAUGAAACUGAUCAGGUUUUAGAAGGCGGUGGGGAGGGAAAGCAAGUUAGUGUCCAGGCCAUGUCCCAGGUGUCUCCUGCCUUCAGUGGAGACAUCUCAGGGGACCCACAGGUUGGAAAUAAAGGACAAUCCCUGUGUUUUUCAGUGGCCUGUGACUCCUUAGGAGCAGGCAGAAGCCAGCAGAAGUCCCUUGAGCAAGAAAGAACCAGGUUCCCCAUGUUAGUCCCAUAAGCCCAUCUAGGGCCAGGACCCUGGAACUCAGCAUUCUUGGCUGCGGCUUGGGCCGGCACCUUAGAUCUCUGGUGCGCACAGCCCAGUACCGCAUCUCGGUUCUCUGGAAGUGCGUGCGACCUCCUGCACUCUGGGGGAGGGAGGCUGUGGAGCCCGGCGCCUCAGGUGCCCUCUGAACCCCUGGCUCGGCCUGCAGAUGCCUGGACCACAAUCAGGUGCUGGUCUCCAGAGUUGAGAAGCGGGCAGGGGGAGCAGAGGCCCCGGAAGGGAAUCACUCCAUGGUGAGUGCUCCCCGUGCCCACCAGUCCACUCCCCUGGGAUUCCUCAGGCGCUGCCUGGCACGGCCUCUCCCUGCCUGGUGUGGGAGCAGCAGACACCCAGGGGUGUGUCUUUCAGCCGUGUCUCCCCGGUCCGAGGUCUGAGCCAGUGCUGUCUCUCCCUCGCCUUCAAUUGAGCAGAAAUCUCACUGGCAAAUGUCUGGUCACGGGGGAAGGAGAAAAGCUAGUCUUUUAAAGAGAAAGGAGUAGAGCCACUCGGCCUCUCACCCGGGCACACUCUGCCUUCCAAGGCUGCGGGCUGGAAACGUGCUUUUUAAAAUACCAAGGACCUGUUCAUAAAUAGUUCAGCUAUCUGCUGGCUCCACAGAGUUAGCUGAGCUUGGACAUGAACCCAAUCUACAGGGGAAAAUACCAAAUACACAAUAAGCCGAGAGUUCUUUAAAGAUCAUCUGGAGAGCAAUCACAUGACUCCUAAGAUUUGCCCAUGAGACCUACCAAGGGAAGAAUCUUAGAACCUCUAAUAACUGUGGGCCCCUCUGGCCCUGGAAGCUAAGCCCAGCUCUCUGGUUACCCCGUACUCCUCCCUCCUUUUUGCAACACUGGGGAUUGAACCCAGGUCCUGCCUGGCACGUGCUAGGCAAGAGUUCUACCAUCUCAUUUCCUCUCCAACCCUUUUUGAUUUUAUUUUAAAGGUCUUGCUAAGUUGCCCAGGUUGUCCUCGAGCUUGUGAUCCUCCUGCAUCAACCUCCUGAGUCACUGGGAUCAUAGGCAUGUGCCACUGUGCCCAGCCCAAUUUUUUCUUUCCUUUUUUCCCUCCGAUUUUUUUUCUGAGAAGCACUUGAUCCCAUUUGCUUCAUUCAGAGUGUGGUAUAACUGCCUGACAACUGCUCAAAUCAGGAUAGGGUAGAAAAUAGUAGGAAGAAUUUCUGCAAGCCAGUCAGAUACCUGGGGUCUGACAGCGGGUAAGGAAGGACCCAGCCCAGAUGGGAGGAGCUACAUCCAGGCAUGGUGGUGCACACCUGCAACCCCAGCUACCAGGAAGGCAGGGGUAGAAUUGCAAGUUCCAGGUCAUUGGGGGAAACUUAGCAAGGUGCUGUCUCCAAAAAUUUUUAGAAAAGGGCUGGAAGUGUAACUCAGUAGUCAUGCACUUGCCUGGCCUACACAGGCCCGGGGUUCAACCCCCAUUAAUGCAAAUUUUUUUAAAAUCAAAACCAAAUGCAAAAAAUUAUAAAAUAUCAAAGUUUUUUUUUAAAUAAAAAACAAAGCUCACCUGUACUUGUAUAACCCUAUUUGGCUUACCUAACCCUAAUCCUGGACCUCAAACCGAUAAUUUUUUACAAAAACGAAUAUUUUUUACAAAAAUAUGCAGCUGUACAUGGACCAUUGUGUUGAUUUGAUUUUUGAAAUAUUGUAUUAAAGUAUUAUUUACCUUGA